ACGUACGACGUUUCUUCGACGCACUACAACUCCGCAGUCUUCCUGUUCGCUCGUGGCUAGAGGACGUUGGUGUCACGAAGGAGAGGGGCUCCUAAGGGAUUUUAUUUUGUUUUAAACUCCGUAAAGAAAUAAGAGCAGGAUGUUUUCCCGCGCAGUGAGGCCCUCGCUGAGCUUCGCUCGGAGCCUGUCCACCUCCUCGCGGAACAACGCCAAGGUGGCGGUGCUCGGAGCUUCAGGCGGUAUAGGCCAGCCGCUGUCCCUGCUGCUAAAGAACAGCCCCCUGGUGAGUCGCCUCUCUCUGUACGAUAUCGCCCACACGCCCGGGGUGGCCGCGGAUCUCAGCCACAUCGAGACCAGGGCUCAGGUGACCGGUUACAUGGGGCCGGACCAGCUGGACGCCGCUCUGCAGGGCUGCGACGUGGUGGUUAUCCCCGCCGGCGUGCCCAGGAAGCCCGGCAUGACGCGCGACGACCUCUUCAACACCAACGCCACCAUCGUGGCCACCUUGGCAGACGCCUGCGCCCGCACCUGUCCUGAGGCCUUGAUCUGCAUCAUUGCCAACCCUGUGAACUCCACCAUCCCCAUCACAUCGGAGAUCAUGAAGAAGCACGGCGUGUACAACCCCAACAGAGUGUUCGGGGUCACAACCUUGGACAUUGUCAGAGCCAACACCUUUGUGGCAGAGCUCAAGGGCCUUGACCCAGCUCGGGUCAACGUGCCAGUUAUUGGUGGUCAUGCAGGGAAGACCAUCAUCCCCCUGAUUUCCCAGUGCACACCUAAAGUUGAGUUUCCUGCCGACCAGCUGGCCGCCUUGACUGAAAGGAUCCAGGAAGCGGGCACUGAGGUGGUUAAAGCCAAGGCAGGCGCAGGGUCCGCCACGCUGUCCAUGGCGUACGCAGGCGCCCGCUUCACCUUCUCUGUCCUGGAUGCCAUGAAUGGCAAGGAGGGCGUGGUGGAGUGUGCCUUCGUCAGGUCUGAGGAGACGGAGUGCAAGUACUUCUCCACGCCUCUCCUGCUGGGGAAGAACGGCAUCGAGAAGAACCUCGGGCUGGGCUUGCUGUCCGCCUUCGAGGAGAAGCUGGUUGCUGAUUGCAUCGGCGAGCUGAAGGCUUCCAUCAAGAAAGGCGAGGACUUUGUGUCCAACAUGAAGUGAACAGAAAUGAUUUGUCUUAAAGCAUCAGAGUAACUUGAGAUCCGUCGGUGUUUCCUCCUCUUUGUUUUAGCAGUAGAAUCAUCUUGGUCGUUUUGUGAACGUGACUCGUCUGUAGGUGUACCGUGACUUUUAUUUUAUUUGCAAAUCUUUAAUUCAGAAAGUCAUUUCUGUGUUUUUGAAGAUGUUUCUGCUAAGUGAACAAGGAGGAAAUACUGUCUGCCUGCUAAUGUUAAAAAUGGUUAUUUUUGUUGCUGAUGAGCAAAAUAUUCACUCCGUCAAUAAACAAUUUAGCUUCAA